ACAUACGUAGUUAAUUAUCCUGUUUCAAAUUUCAACACUAGUUUCUAGCCACAAAAGUUCAUCAAUGGCUUCCAAUGGCCAAAACAAUUCAAAAAACCAAGUGGUGAUUGUUGUGGUACCUUUCCCAGCACAAGGCCAUUUGAAUCAGCUUCUACACUUCUCACGCUUAAUCUUAUCACACAACAUACCUGUCCACUAUGUUGGCACUUCCAUACACAACCGUCAAGCCACAACUCGUGUCCAAGGUUGGGAUCCAAACUCCAUUUCAAACAUCCAUUUUCAUCACUUCAAAGCUCCUCCCUUUGUUUCACCUCCUCCUAACCCAAAUACAGAGAACAAAUUUCCUUCUCAUAUGGUUCCUUCUUUUGUAGCCUCUUCACAUCUUCGUGAACCAGUGGCAGAACUCAUGCAUUCACUUUCAUCUGUUUUCGAAAAGGUCGUUGUGAUUCAUGAUAGUUUAAUGGCAUCAGUGGUACAAGAUGCUAAAAACAUAGCAAAUGUUGAGAAUUACUCGUUUCUUAGUACAUGUGCUUUUUCAAUUUUCACUUCCAUUUGGGAGAAAGUGGGAAAACCUCCAUUUGAAAGCUCGCAUAUUAUUGAUGUUCCUUCUAUGGAAGGAUGCUUCACAACCGAAAUAUAUGACUUCAUUAAUGCACAAAGUGAAUUCUAUGAAUUCAGUGAUGGAAGCAUCUAUAAUACAAGUAGAGUUAUUGAAAGUCCUUACUUGGAGUUGAUAGAGAGAAUCACUUGCAGUAAGAAGCAUUGGGCAGUUGGACCCUUCAACCCUCUUACCAUUGAGAAGAAGAAAGAUUCAAAGGGUAGGCACUUAUGUAUGGAAUGGCUUGAUAAACAAGAACCAAACUCAGUUAUAUAUGUAUCUUUUGGAACAACAACAACCUUGACAGAUGAAGAAAUUGAACAGAUUGCAACUGGGUUGGAACAAAGCAAGAUAAAGUUCAUUUGGGUGUUGAGAGAUGCUGAUAAAGGAGACAUAUUUGAUGGAAAUGAAGGGAAAAGAGGUGAACUUGCAAAAGGGUUUGAAGAGAGAGUUGAAGGAAUGGGGUUUGUUGUGAGGGAUUGGGCACCCCAGUUGGAAAUUCUAAGCCACCCUUCAACAGGAGGGUUUAUGAGUCAUUGCGGAUGGAACUCUACUUUAGAGAGCAUUUCAAUGGGGGUGCCAAUAGCAGCAUGGCCUAUGCAUUCUGACCAGCCAAGAAACUGUGUUUUCAUAACACAAGUGUUAAAGAUUGGUUUGGUUGUGAUGGAUUGGGCUAAAAGACAUGAGUUGGUUACUGCUUCAGAUAUUGAGAAUGUUGUUAGAACGUUGAUGGAUACAAUGGAAGGUGAUGAGAUGCGAGAGAGAGCAAUGAAACUUAAAAAUGCUAUUGGUAUGUCGAUGGAUGAAGGCGGAGUUUCUCGUAUGGAAAUGGAUUCUUUCAUCGCUCAUAUCACUAGAUAGUUGAAGUCAGUUAAUGUUAGUAAGUUAAUUGUUAUGUUAAUUUCCGACUUAAUCUUGUUAGGUGGAGGAUUAUUCCUGAAGUUAAUGACUGAAAUUGUGCUUUUUGCUCCAAUACUUCAGAAUUUGAGAUCCAUUUAUUUGUCUGGUGUAGUUUUUCCAUUUCAAUUUCAUAUGCUUUUCUGAUUAAGGGAUA